UGUCCAGUUGCGUGUGGUCGCAUUUGCGAGCGCUUGCCAUUUUUCGUCUGCACUGCGGAGCGGAGGGAUCAAGAACCGGCGCCGACGCAACUGCUUCACGAACUGACCUCCUGCAAUCGCUGCCGUAGAAACCACUACUGCACUUCGACAUGUCCAUGACUCCCAUUGAGAAGCUUCGCCACCAGUGCCUCCAGCGUGGGGCACAUGGAAUCAAGGGAUUCGCACGGCAAUUCCGCAUCAUGGACGAUUCUGGGGACAAGAAGAUCGACAUGGAGGAGUUCAAGAAGGGCCUGCAGGACUUUAAGGUGUUCCUGAGCCCCAGUGAGGUGGACGCCCUCUUCAAGGAGCUCGACAGGGACGGCAACGGCACCAUCUCUUUCAAUGAGUUCCUCGUCGCCCUCAGGCCUCCGAUGUCAGCAGCCCGCCUGGAGCGCAUCACCCAGGCGUUCCACAAGAUGGACAAAAGUGGCGACGGCAUCAUCACCGUCCAGGACCUCAAGGGCGUGUACAAUGCUCGGCAGCACCCCAAGUACCAGAACGGGGAACUCACUGAGGACCAGGUGUUCCUGCUUUUCCUGAAGAACUUUGACAGCCCCAACGACCCCGACGGCAAGGUGACAAUCGAAGAAUUCGUAAACUACUACGCGGGUGUGAGUGCCUCCAUCGACACGGAUGCCUACUUCGACCUCAUGAUGCGAAACGCCUGGAAGAUCUGAGCGACGGAACUCGGCAAGAAAAAAAAAAGUGAAAACGAGUCCGUCUUUGUUUGGCCACGUGACCCUUGCCACUAGUCACGUGAUGCACAGCCGUCACACGUGCUUUUCUGUCCCGUCCCGGUUGAAGCUGUCGCCAUAUCUCAGGCAUCCUCAUGACGCGUUACUCGUCUUAACGGCCCUCCUUUAGCUUAUUGUGUUGCGGUUUCCACUGGCAGGCUUCUUGUUACUCUUGCCAUCUUCUUGUUGCAACUCUUGAAUAUUAAUUUCCACAAAUCUUUACGUAUACGUCUUACCCGUACUUUACUAUACGUUUGCAGGGUGGUUUGCUUGUAGUUCACAUUGCAUGAUAAAGGAGAGCAUAUCUUAUCGUGGGCAGUGGCAAACCAACAUUUAGAAUAUUGUACUACUCCUGAACCAAAUGGGAUUACAUGCUUGCAUUUUUACUACCGUUUUGGACAAUGUCAGUGAGAAGAUCGACAUUCUUUUUUUUUUUCUUUUAUAUGUGCGAGAAAGCUGUUACGCUUGAAGUUUUGCUGUGACGGAUCUUGGGUUGUCUUGUGUCGUUUAAACAUUUCUAAUUGCUGCUGAAGUCGCACAUCGGCGCUCUACUUUACCAUCAAAUAGGGCUGAAACAUUAGAGAAAUUUGUCGGGGCCUAAUUUGCCCACGAGUCUUCAGCCAUCAGCUCAUCUUGGAAUAGUUAUACACUGGUAAAUGACACAGGUUUCGUUAAGUAGCUGUAGUAGUUGGUUUGUAGGUUGUUCCACCUAGUCACUCGUUUACAUCUAGCAAAACCAAAAUAAAGAAAGUCCAGUGUAACCAAAAACUUGAAGUGGAAAGUACAUUGAAUGAGUUGCUGUCGAAAGGCUACAAAGGGGAUCGCCUCUUAUUUUAAGGUUUGUGGAUGUGUUGCGAAGGACUUCCAGGGUUGUUUUAUUAAGGUUCCUAAUCGAAUCUAUAUCUUUGUAUGGCUGAGCUGCAAAGUCCAUACAACCUUUUCUUUUUAAAAAAAAAUCACAUUCCAGUUUUUGUUCUCUUGUUGAAUGGUUCAAGUUUAGCGUUAUAUUAUUGCUGAAGUGAUUUGUUUCGGUGCAACUUCACAGCUAUCAUUCCUGUUGGUGAGAGAGUGUGGCAUGUUUGUCGACGUGAUGUACCGCAUGCAAUGUGACUCUCGUGAUGUACUGCACAUCAAGAUUUCGAGCACUGCAAGCAGCUGGGACUAGGUACUAACGUGUUUGUAGCCACUUGUCUGCAAACAUGCUCUCGGAGAAGUAACAUACGUUGUCGCCGAUAUCAGCCAAAGCUUGUUAUCGUGCGAGUCAGCUAAACUGCGUUCAGUGUGUUUGUGUCCAAAAAAAGAAAAAAGAUCUUCGCGUGUUGUUUGCUGUGACACUUAUUUUAAUCUACACGAGUUGAAACUCUGAGCUACGUUGACACGUUUGGAUGUCUUUAGCAACAUUCUUAAUGUGUGGUGUUAGAAUUCUAUAUACUGUUUUCAGGGUGCUCACAUGGUUACCAGACAUCGCUUGCCAACUCCUUGCUGCCAAUUUGCCCUUUACGGUAGACUACCUUCUAUAAAUUACAUGCAAUUUACAGAACAUCCUGCUACUUUUGGGUUCCAAUGCAGAAGUUCUCUGUCGUCAUUUUGGAAACUGUUGGGCCGUAUUUUAUUGAACCAUUUACAAUUGUUGAUGCACCAGUCUCUGAGGUGCUGUCUGUAAAGGAGUUGCAGUACCACAAAAAUUUGGCUUGCUCUAAAUCAAGACUGGCAGAUUCAUUCUGUUUCGAAGCAGUGUCGCACGGAAGGUUUGGCGAGGUUAGUUUUCCCGGUUACGCUGACCACAGAACCAAGGUCACUUUUAGGGAAUCAUUCACUUGAUGAUCGCUGAAAUGUACUGCUGCUAUUACACAUUUGGAAUUACUCACCUAGGCAUAAGUGUAAUCAGACAUUUUUUAAAACAGUUGAUUGCCCGUGCAACAGAGACUCUCUGUGUUCGAAUCUUGCCUUUGGCUUUCAUGCUCAUAGCUCAGGUCACGCCGUGUUGGCGUGAGUGACAAGUCGCAUUUAAGGAAAACUCAAGCUCACAGACAGAUUGCAACAUGGCCUCUAAUUGUUGCAAGAGCCACAGUUUUGAUGUAAGUACUGCCUUGCCAAUUUUACUCGUGACUUUGCACAAGCUAGCUGUCGUGCCAAGCUGUUAAAGGGGAACAUAAAAGGUUUGAAAACCUCAGUACCUUCUCUGGCAACCUUUUUUGGGGCACGUGCCGACUUUUAAGGCACUUUCAAUCUUUCAUUCACAGUCUGUGAAAAAGCACUGUUACUAUAUCGGUGUCUAGUCACAUGAUUUUCUUGCCGACACUAUCGCUGGAACUUGGAGGUUUGGGUGUGGACAAGUUACAGGACCAAAGGAAAAUCGCAGUCGCAUUAAAUGCUGUUAAUGCUGUUUGUUGUUCCUCUGGUACAUUAAAAAAAAGAAGAGAGGAAUGUAGACGUGUGUGCAGUGCAGUCUUUUUUUUAAGCAAAAAAAAUUAAUUUGCUAAAUCUCAUCAAAUGUCUCUACAAAAUGUGGCACACCUUGUCCAAAGAAUUUUAUUCCACAUUUGCUUCAGCUAAUCGCCUAUACACUGAAGGUGAUGUUUUGAUGUCCUCAACAAGCUUAACGUCCGUUAGACCUCCGCUCAAUUCAUAAAGUGACAACACUGUGUAUUUGGCUAAUGUUUUCAUUUUUACUUCAUUUAUUUCAUAUUUUUUAGACAAUACAAAUGCAUUGCCGACGUUCAGGACAAUAGGAGAUGGUUUGCCUCCCGACAUGGUCCUAAAGUUUGUAAUGGUUUUAUUGGUUUUAGUAGUUUUAAUGAUAUCUUUAUCCAAAAUUACAAUAAUAGUAUUGUUUGGGGCUUGCCGUCCCAGAACCGUCAUAUGAUUGAGAGAUGCAGUAGUGGAGAGAUCCGGCAAUUUUGAACGCCCGGGUUUCUUCAACAUGCAUCUAAAUCUAGUUCAUGGGCCUCAAGCAUUGUCGCCUGUGUUGAAGUUAGUUGAAAAUUGACCCUGGUAUUCACAAAUGCUUCUCGACUCGACUUUAACCCUUCAUUCACUUCACAGAGUUUGCACUGCGCUGCUGCUCGGCGGAAAAUGACCCUGCGCUACUCAAUAAUCACAGCAGGUUAUCGCUGAUAUGCUGGUACUUGCCGUGCCCAUAGACGGCGCUCCCAUCACCUUUCUCAAGUGAAGGUGAAGCGUUGAGUGAAGGGACAUUCUAGAAUACGGGAUUGAAUGUCACCAAAAGGCUCAUUUGUAAUCAUUAUCGUGAGUGCACGUUCCUGUUUGUAUGACUUGCGUGACACUCAUAACUGCACCAUAAACAAAUGGCUCUCAAUUCUUGCAUAAAAAGAACAAAACCAACAAAGUGCUAAGAAAUGAUGUAGAAAAGCAUGCAUAUACUACUGCUAGGAGUUUGCAGUUUAUCUGCUUUUCUACAUCCACCGUCUGGUCGCAUUUUAUUCUGAAAACUGGUCACAAUUGCCAUGUUUUUAAGUUUUGCUUGUGGUACGUGUCAAAAUGUUCUGUUUUUUUUAAUUGCUCUGCCCAUGCACAUUCGACCUGCAUAAUCUACAACUUGAAUAGCAGCAGUGGGCAUUCUAAAUUAUAUAUGCAUCAUGCUAUCAAUGCACAUGCCUGUGCACUCCUGCUAUUUAUUAAGCAGUUAUGGGCUUACUAAAUCUUGCUGUAAAUUGCUGUUUUAUUGGUGUGGGUGUCAACAACUUCCAGGUUUUUAUCGAUGAGCAGUCUGAUUGUGGAUACACUGAAUUGAAGUGCACAUAAUUUCUAUGUUGGUUUUAACAUCCUGUGUCCAAACAAUUUGUUCUUUAAUACUGUGCUUUGAGAAGCUGCAGAAGUGAGGACAUGGAUAGAUGUUGCUGUGAGCGAGAUUUUAUGAAAGGUUUCCAAGCACAAAGCUCUAGUUUGUGGUGGCGGUGAAGUCUGUCAGUAUGUUAUGUAUACGUAAACAUUACGUCAUUCCACUCCUGGGUGCAAUUUCUUGGUUACACUACUAUACUUUUGUUAUGGUCUCAAGAUGUUUUACAUUUUUGUUUGUUAACCUCUUAGGUGUACCUCAGCCUAGCACAUAUUUUUGUUACAUCUUUAUACUGCCAUCUUUGACUCUAGCAUGUGUGUUGUUCUCGAAUCCCCGCUUCAAGCACGCAAAAGUGGUGAGCGCACAUUUCACGGACAUUAUUUGUCCCCUUAAUUUAUUUUUGGAAUGCUUAGAGCCCUUGUCUCUUCUCGAAACUGUUUGCCUUUAUGAUCAAAAUAAAAAAGAAGCUUCUGAAAUCU